AGGGAGGGAGGAGCUGAGAGUGCGAGGCGCGUGGUGAGUGUGUGGGGGAGCGGGAGUCCCCUCGCGUGUUGGGCGCGCUCGCUGCUCUCUGCGCAACGUGCGCUCAUCACCAACAACCACCACCAACAACAACAGCAGCAGCAGCAGCAACAACAUCAUCAUCAACAACACCGGCCUCAUCAUCGUUUGUCGCAAGACGCAGUGGAACGGACGCGAACUCGCUUCGGAACGGACGCGACUUCCCCCGACUUGACUCGAACCGCUCCGACCCGACGCGACCCAAAGCCGGCGAACGCAUUUGCGCUCUCGCCUCUCAUCCGUCGGCCGCGCGUGUCCGUGGAACUGGGUGGCUGGCAGCUUGGUGUUGGUGGACUUUGGCGACGGUCCAGCGUUGAAAGCUACGACAGCGAUAAGCAGCAGCGACGAGCAGCAGCUGUAGUUUAAAGCGCAAGUCUUGCGUAAGUUGCGCGCUCACAAACCCUCCCGAGCGAAGUGCGUGAAGUCGUGCGCAACGCGUGCCGAUUUGAGUUUGUUGCGUGAAACACGGUACGCGUUAACUGGAAUGCAGUAUUUAUUUUAACGUACGGACGUUCCCUUCUUCUUGACUCUUUUAAAGAAAAUAGGAGCCGAUCGGAAUAGGAAGUUAAAAAGAAAGCAAAGCUGCGGCUUCAUUCGAAUGCGUUAAGCCCAUUCAUUCGCGUGGAGGGACUCGACACGGGGUGUCCAUGCGACCAUCGGUGCUUCAGUGUGUAUCCCGAUAAUUAUUAUUGCCAUUAUUUAAUUUAACUUUUACAAUCGUCGCAAAGAGAAGACGGCAUCGUCCAUACCCUUCGCCCUCCUGCCAUCCGCUCUCCUCUCGGCUGGGAAAGGUUUCGACUAGCGGCCGCCGUGUGUCUUCGGGAGGAGGAGGAGGGAGAUCCGAGUGAUUGAGUGAGCGGGGGAGGAAGGGUUGAAGUUCCGUUUCAUCGAAGGAGAGGUGGGAGGGGGGAGGAACUGCAGCAUCCUGGUGUGUGUCUCCCCCCGACUCAAGCAAAACAACAAACAACUCCUUAAAGUGAAGACGACUCAAGCAAGCGCGACGCCACAUCGCGCGACAACGCGAAUGGGUCCCGGAAUCUUCGAGACGAAUUGACAUUCUUCGAAGGAGCGAGCGCUUGAGGAAAGCCUGUGGGCAGGACGAUAGACGUUUACACAAGUGGACCCCUCGACGAGGACACGUCGAGCCUUGAGCUAAAGGGAACUUUUUUUUACGGAGGAGCCACUUCUUGUCGACGAUGAGAACGAGACACCUCCAUGCGUGAACCUUGCCUGAGAGAAACAUUUGAGGAUGAAAUCCUUUUGAAGAGGAGCAGGGAAGACAUCUGAGCGAGGAAGAGCAGCGGAAGGAUAAGAGGAGGAUCUUCGUGCGAGUGGUGCCUUGACCAAAGCGUAGACCCUGUCGUGACCACCAAUCGUCAUCAUCGCCACCACCAUCACCACCUCCCCUGGAGCUGUCGAGCAGAAGUUGUGGUGGGUUAGAGUCGAACCCCCAUUGAGGGGACCCGCGUAAAUCGAUGCGGCAAGUUCUCACGUCGAAGGACUUAGAACCGCGAAAGAAAAUAAUUAAGACUUAAGCUCAUGAACCUUUCAACCACAUAAAUGCGAGUAUCGUAGCAUCACUAAUCUCCAAUUUUUUGAGCGACGGACGGACUGGGUGUGGACAAUGGGAGGCCGCUUGCAUCUCAUCGUCUGUCUGCUCGGUGGCAUCGUCCCGCACGCCCUGGGGUCACGACCCCGGCAGGAGGACGCUCUCCCGCGCAUCACGGAGCACCCGUCGGAUCUGAUCGUGCUGCGCGGCGAGCCGGCCACUCUCAACUGCAAGGCGGAGGGGCGCCCGGCACCCACCGUCGAGUGGUACAAGGAUGGCGAGCGCGUGGAAAUCGGCAAGGAUGACCACCGCACGCUGCUGCACACCGGCUCGCUCUUCUUCCUGCGAGUGCAGCACACGCGGCGCACCAAGACGGACGAGGGCAGCUACGUGUGCGUCGCGCGCAACUACCUGGGCGAGGCCGUGAGCCGCAACGCGUCGCUCCACAUUGCAAUGCUACGCGACGACUUCCGGCAGCAGCCGGCCGACGUGGUGGCGGCGGCGGGGGAGGCGGCCAUGCUGGAGUGCGUGCCGCCACGCGGCCACCCCGAGCCGACCGUCUCGUGGAAGAAGGACGGCGUGAUUCUACGCGGUGGAAACGACGCCGUCAGGAUAAAUGGCGGGCGUCUGAGCAUCUCCGAGGUGCGGAGGAGCGAUGGAGGGGAGUACGUGUGCGUGGCCACAAACUCGGUUGGCGUGCGGGAGAGUAAACCAGCGCAGCUCUUCGUCAAGGAGAGGCCGACAUUUGUGAGGAAGCCCCUGAACCAGUUGGUGGCGGCGAACGGCAGCGUGGAGUUCAACUGCGAGGCCCAGGGCGACCCGCGGCCGGACGUGAGCUGGACCAAGCUCCGCGGGGAGCUGCCACGUGACAGGCAUGAGGUGAAGGCUGACAACACGCUACGCAUCUGGCUGGCGCGGCCAUCCGAUGCCGGGACGUACACGUGCGUGGCCUCGAGCCAGCUCGGCAGGGCCGAGGUGUCUGCCUCUCUCAACGUUCACGUGGGCCCCUACGCAUCCCCCCAGUUGGUGGUGCAGCCACGCGACCAGGUGGUGGAGGAGGGACAGACGGCCACAUUCCACUGCCUGGCUGCUGGGAACCCACCUCCCUCUGUGUUCUGGCAGCGAGAAGGCACGCAGAAUCUGCUCUUCCCGAAUCAGCCGCUGCAGUCCUCCAACCGCCUGUGGGUGAGCCCCAGCGGCGACCUCGCCGUGUCGGACGUGCGGCCGUCGGACGUCGGCUACUACAUCUGCCACUCGCUCAGCGUGGCCGGGAGCGUCGUGGCCAAGGCCUACCUCGACGUCACCGAUGUCACGCUGGAGAACCUUCCACCCAUCGCCCGUCAGGUGGCAGUCAACCAGACGGUGCCAGUGGCGCGCUCCGUGGUGCUGCCCUGUCAGGCGGUGGGUGGCAGCGGCGGCGGCGCCACCACUCCCACCGUCGUUUACUGGCUCAAGGGUGGCACCAGGAUCCCGUCGCAGGACGGUCGCAUGUCCUGGCAGGAAGGCCGAGGGCUGCAGAUAAGCUACACGCGGGUGGAGGACACUGGGAUUUACACCUGCGUCAUUUCAAAUGCAAAUGGAGAGACUUCCUGGAACACCUUCUUGGAGGUCAAAGAGGGCAAGCGGUACACGGAGAUGAACGCGGCGCUGGCCCCGCGCGGCCCCUCGCGUCCCGAGAUUGUGGAGGUGAGCCGCAACACCGUGACGUUGUCGUGGAAACGGGAUACGCUGCAGCCAGCCACGUCCUACAUCAUCGAGGCUUUCAGCCGCUCGCUGGGGAAGGGCUGGAAGAUCGUGGCGGAAGGCGUCCGCUCGGAGACUUUCACCGUGCGCAGCUUGCGCCAGGGCGCCAUCUUUGUGUUCCUGGUUCGAGCUGUAAAUCUGCAUGGCGCCAGCGAGCCGAGCGCCGUCUCGGAGCCCGUGCGCACAGAAGACCCAUCACCGGCGGAGCCCGGCCUGGACUCGGCGCUGAUCCAGAAGGAGCUGGGACGCAUUUCCAUUCACCUGCAGGACCCCGUCACCCUCAGCUCCACUGCCCUACGCCUGCACUGGACGGUGAUGCAGCGGCCGCUCUACCUGCAAGGCUUCCGCGUGCUCUACCGCCCGCUGUCGUCGAGCCGCUCGGCGUCGGGAAACUGGUCGGUGCUGGAGGUGCGCUCACCGCUGGAGCACGGUGCCGUGCUCAGCCGCCUGCGCAAGGGCUUCUCGUACGAGGCCAAAGUCAGGGCCUUUUUCAACGGCUUCCAGGGCCCCGACAGCGAGGCGCGACGCGGCUCCACGUUCGAGGAAGCUCCGAACGCGUCGCCGCAACACGUAGAGGUGAAGCGGUGCGAGGAGCCGGGUUGCGACAGCAUCACCGUCACCUGGCAGCCACCGCAGGAGGAGCUGCAAAACGGAGUGAUUCUAGAGUACAAGCUGUGGUGCAUGGGUAACAGCAGCGAGCUGCACAUAAACCGCACGGUGGAGGCGUCGUCCCGCUCGGCAGUGCUGCGCCCGGUCGUCUCGGGGGUCAUGUACCGCAUCACCGUCGCCGCCGUCAACUCGGCCGGCACGGGGCUGCGCUCGCCGCUCACCGUCCUCGCCCCGGUGGCGAGCAGCAGCAGCAGCAGCCAGUUCGACACCUUCGUCAAGACACCGGUCUUCAUCGCCGUGGUGGUGUUUCUCGUCCUGCUUGUCGCGAUCGUCAUCGCCAUCGUCGUCUACUGCUGCUGUUGCCGCAAGCGCAGCAGCCCCGAUCCGUACCAGGGCGCCACCAAAGAUCCUUCCUUCACAUUCACUCCAACAGUCACCUUUAACCCCAAGGACGACACCAGCAUGAUGAGCAAUGCGAGUUACCCGCCUUUCGGAGGUCCCGGGCAGACGUGGACGGAACCGUGGCAGAACGCCGCACUAAAUCAGAACUCGCCUAGCCAGGCAAUCCCGGACUACUGCAGGCCAGCCGACCAUCUGAGUCCGUUCCGGAACCAGCUGGAGCAGAAGGAGACGAACCUGCACCGACCUCGCACCCCGGAGACACCCGUGUAUCGCGAGGUGGAGCCAGCCCACCAGCUGAGCGGCACCCAGAACUUCCCGGGGCCCAGAAUCAAAGAGUGCCAGGUCCUGGGCAAGACGUCGGCGUAUGCGGCCUCCCCGCCGGCGCAGGCGGCGCUGUGCAACAACAUGAGCAGCACGGCGCGCGUCACGGACAAGCGCACGCACAAGCAGCCCUUCUUGCCACGCGCGGACGGCUUGCCUGGCACCAAGAACCACAUGAUCGAAGUCACCAAGCUCAACAACGAACUCGCGAUGACGGACGGCCGGGGGGAGGCGGUCGCCCACCACAGCACCCCUGAGCAGAGCACCAUGGGCUCCCACGCCAGCUCCGAGCGCAGCAGCUCAUCAGCGCACUCGGGGAAGAGGAAGAACGCGCGGACACCCAAGACGGGGAGGCAGGCGGUGCCGGGAGUUGCCGAGCCUCUCCCGCCCCCGCCCGCUCUCCCGCCGGCUGAGCUGGGCAGCGCGGGGCGAGCGGCUCAGGCAGAGCACGAGCGAGUGGACGAAGGUAGCGGGUACCCGCCCGAGCGGGUGUACGAAUACCUGCAGCAGAACGAGGAGGAGCACGAUGAGGAUGACGAGGAGGCGGACGAAGAGGACGACUUGGUGGUUGAUGAGGGGAAGGCGCGUGGGCCCCAGCAGUACGCGCACGCGUCGUACAGCCUGCAGUCGACGGCCCCGUGCUCGCCUGCCAGCCCCGAGGAGCGCAGGCCCAUGAUCCAGGCGCACAGCCACGAGCCGCCCGGCAGAAGAAAGAGGGCGGCGCUAGAGAGGGCCGCGCGGCACUACCCAGGACGCCCACUGCUCUCCGCAAGGUCCCCUUCACCGCCAUGCCUGUAUGGAUACAUCACGGGCCCGAUGCCCUCCGAUCUGGAAACGGAACCGGCGGAAGAGGAGGAAGAGGAGGAGGAGGAGGCGGCCGUGGCAGUGGUGUCGGCAGGGACCGUAAGCGUGUACCCCAAGGCGGGCACCGUUGGGGCCGCCCGAUUUGAUGCCAAAAAGCUGCUGCUGAGCCUGGAACACACGUCGGUGUCCAGCCUGGGCGACCCCGAGAGCUCCCUGGCGGGGUCCAUGCUCAACGGCUGGGGCUCCGCGUCUGAGGGCGACGGCGACGAUGAAGACGGCGGCGGCUCGAGUGAUGGCGGCGGGGUCGGCGGGGCCGGCGGGGCGGGCGGCGCGGGCACCGGCGGGGCCUCCAGCGACGGAGGCUCGAGCGAGAGCUCGUUCCGCGUGGACGCUGACUUCGCCGACGCGAUUGCGGCCGCCGCGGAGAGCGCGGGACUCAAGCUGCACCACCAGCAUGCCGCGGCGCAGGCCGCGCAGGCGGCCGCGAUGGGCGUUGUGCAGCCCGGAGCUGGCGUGCAGCAGCAGCAGCAGCAGCAGGUUGCGUCCUAUACGGAAGAUUUUGCGCUGUACAGCCGCCCGCACUUCCCGGCGACAGGGAGCCGAGCGCUGCCCGGAGCCGGAGCCGCGAGCUUGGGCCCCGAGCGGAGGUCAGGUGACCCCACGGGGACCGUCAGCGCCGGCAUCAAGUGUUAGGCCCCACACCUUGGCCGGUGGUGGAGCUGAUGGAGUAAAGCACAAGUUGGGCCACGGUGUUAACCCACCGUCCCUCCGUCGCGGUACGGCGGGCCCUCACGCCUGGGCCUAACCCCCCGCCCCCUCGCCCCCCCCCGCCCCCCAACCACCACCGCCGCCGCGUCUCACUCUGCCGGAGCGCAGUCUCUGGAAAUGAUCGCCAUACGGAGAGAAAGAGAGGUUGUUGGAGCAACAUCCCGCGCUGUGUAAAUUUGACUGUAAUUUACUAUUAUAACUCUCGGUGUUGUUUUAAUACGAAGAAUAGUCACCCGUUCCCUUAUGUCCCACUCGUUUUUGUUCUUGAAAUUACAGUACUUUUGUAGUGUUUUUUCGAUUAAAGUUGGUUUCUUUCAAACAAGUCUGAAAGCUCUGCAGACUAGAAAAUGCACUGUGAAAUAAAAUUGGUUUAAAAGCACAAAGACUAACAAGUAAUGUUUAUUGUAUCUUUGAUAUUGACUUUUGCUACUUAAUCUUUGAAAACUAUUGAAUGAUUUGUUUUUGUUUCUUCUGGGAGAUGACGAGGGAUAUGUUGGGAAGAUCCCUUUGUCUGAGAGGCAGUUGAGUUUUAAACGAUGGUUACUAGACUGCUGAUAAGUUGGUUUUAAGAAGCACACAACACAAAGAGUGUUCUAAUAUUUUUACUGUUAUUUUAAAUAUAUAAUUUGUUUUGAAGCUGCGUUUGUUGCCUGCUACGAAGGAUGUACGUCUCCUAGUGGUGCCGCUGUUUAGAUUGCUCAUAUUUCAUGUUUUACUUUGUCUCUUUAUUAAACAGACGUACUUAUGCCUAGACUGUGGUUUGAAUGAUUUAUGUAGGACCAAUGUUAAUGAACGUUAUUGAUUAGUUUGAACUUUUUUUUUGCUCUUUUAUUUUAAUGUUAUUUUCCGUGUGUAAAUGUUCAGUAUAAAGCACAAGAUGAUACGUCCUCUACCUGUUUUGUAUAGGUUGUGGCAAAAGCUUGAUGGUUGGUAUUACUGGUAAUGUCGAUGCUAAUCCAUUUAUAGGUUUAAAACAUUACAAAGCUUCCAGUGCACUCUGUUACACCCUUAACUUGACUACAGAGGACCCCAUGGUUUCGCAAAAUGAAAACCAAUCACCUUUUGGCAGUUUUUUCCAAAUUUGUUCGUAACAUGGACGUUGGCUUUUCCAAAAGCAUGGGGGGAGGGAGGGGGUGCAAGGGGCCAUAUAGUCAUUGUUAUGGUGGAACCGAGGAUUAUACAUUGUGUACAUCACGCUAAGGCUAAUAAUUUCUAAACCACUCAAAUAUUACCUCGUGACUGCUCAUGUAACGUGUCUGACGUUCAAUAAAACACAAACACGCACGCACGCACACACGCACACAGACGCGCACGCGUUGAAAAAUGAUCGUCGUAACAAAAAAAUUACAAUUUAAAAAGCUGCAAUCGUUAAAUGGUCUGUUAUAAAAAUGCAAACACGUCGCUGUGCAGGUGUCAUUUAAGCUUCGGUGAAUGCGUACGGUAAAGUCUUGGUGACUCUGGCUGCCAUCCCAUCCCCGAGUCUGGCUUGUACCCCCCCCCCCCGGAGGAGCGAGUCUGCCCCUCUCCGUGUUCGUGCAUCAGCUGCCGCCGCUACCCCCCCCCCCCUCUCCACCCCGGUGUCUGAACCUUCCUCGUUUUUAUUUAUGAAACCGGCACGAUCUUAGAAAACACACUGCAAUCUCGCAUAUUCUUUCUCCUUGAAAAAAAAAAUGUUCUCUUUUCAUACUAAAAAACAAACAAUUAAUAAUAAAUGUCUGUGGAGAGUG